AUGAAUAACAAAACUUGUUACAAUGAAGAUCCCUUUGACUACAUCAAAGUUAGUGAAGAUGAAGACGAUUCUAAUGCUGUAGAAAUUCCUUGUGAAACAGACGGAACUCUAUUACUAUCUACACUUGUAGCACAGUUUCCUGGAGCAUGUGGGCUUAAAUAUCGCCAUCCUGAAAGUAAAACAAUUCGUGGAAUACGUCUUAGUGAUGGCAAAUUGCAUCCACCGAACGAAGCCGGUUGGGGUAAACUACUAUACAUAUGUGUUUUCCCUAAAGAAAAUAAACGCAAGAUGGAAGAUGUAUCCCCGGAAAAUUCUGCAGCUAAAACAAAACGCUUGGAAAAGAAACUCACUUGCUCUGAUUUGAUAUGUCUUGGCUUGCCCUGGAAAUCAACUGAAGAAUCUAUCAAGCAAUAUUUUGAACAGUUUGGAGAGGUUGUAAUGGUUCAAUUAAAACGAGAUAAAAAUGGAUCUUUCAAAGGUUUUGGUUUCAUAAGAUUUGCUACGUAUGCUUCUCAAAUGCGCGCUCUUGCUCAAAGACAUAAUAUAGAUGGUCGUUGGGUGGACGUUCGUAUUCCUAAUUCAAAAGAGGGUGUAGUACCACAAAUGCCGUGUAAAGUUUUUGUCGGUAGAUGCACUGAGGAUAUGACUGCUGAUGAUCUUCGAGAAUAUUUCUCUAAAUUUGGUGAAGUAACAGAUGUUUUUGUUCCCCGACCUUUUAGAGCGUUUGGAUUUGUUACAUUUUUGGAUCCAGAAGUAGCACAAAGCCUAUGUGGUGAAGAUCAUGUAAUCAAAGGAGCAUCAGUUUCUGUAUCAAGUGCAGCACCAAAAAUUAAAAGUAAGUCAAACCCUAACUGGAAAGAUGAUUCAUAUGGGCCUAACAACUGGGAAGGAAACAGAUCAAGUUCUGGUGGAUCUGGCAGCAACCCUAGUAACAACAAUAUAGAUACUUUAAACAUGCAAAAUUUGGGUAUAAAUCCAAAUGGUGGCCCACCAGCUAAUUUUAAUUUGCCAAUAAGCCUUGUGGCAGCUGCUCUUAAUCAAGCUGGUUGGGGUGGCUUUUUAGGUGGUCCAGGUAAUUCAGGGCCAAGUAAUUGGCAGGGUGGCCCUCCACAAGGUAGUUCUGGCAAAAAUUGGAAUAAUAAUCAAAAUUGGGGUCAAAAUGGACCCCCACCAUCAUGGAAUCAAAGUAACAAUCCUGGCUGGAAUGGUGGCAAAAGCGGUAAUUGGAAUCAGGGCAAUUGGCCUAAUGGUCAAGGUUGGGGAGGCAAUGGUGGAGGAGGAUCAGGAAAUUCAGGGUCUAAUAGUGGAUGGAAUAAUAAUAGCAAGCCCCAAACA